AUGGCAACAAACCCGAACUUGUGGAAAGAAAUCCUCUGUGGUGCCCUCCUGGGCAUCGUUGGGGUUGCUUGUAUGUACCGAAUUGUGGCAUAUCCCGUGGAGCCCGGUCGCCAUAACGUUCAAAUCGCGUUCAACCCAAGCAACGUGUGGCUGCUGUCGUUUCGCUGUGCUACGUUUGUAUUCUUCGUCGUAGUGUGGAUCCUCCAAGUUCAAUCCUCCAACUGGUUUGAGCUUGUGUACUACACGUACUGGAACUUUACACUCCAAACAAUUUACUUUGGCGCCGCUAUCGUCGACCAAGUGCGCCGAUGGUCCCGACCCCCGACUUUGACCGAUCGCUACUACGCCAACCGACCACUCAACACGUUAUUUGACGUGGUGUUCGCGUCCCUCAUUCUCGUCGCGCUUGUCUAUUGGAUUUUCAUCUUCAACACGGCCAAGCACAUCGAGUGGCCCACCUACGUCGUCCACUUGGUGAACGUCGUCCUCGUCGUCGUCGAGUUUGCCUUCAACGAACACCUAGCCCAACGCACGAGUCUCAAGUACGUGGUGCUGUGGCCAGCGAUCUUUGCCAGCGUCGCGUGGAUCGGCCACGCCACGUACACCCGAGGGUUUUGGCCGUACAGCAUCAUGAGCUUGGACAAUCCGUACGCGCCGCUCGUUUGGCUUGGCAUUGGGGUCGCCCACGUCGUCUGCUUUGGGUUUGUGCUGCUCUUGUCGUAUUUCAAAGCGCGAUGGGUGGGUGGUGAGCAGCCGCCGAGGUUAUUGGCUCGGCAAGACAUGCAUUUGCACGCGUAA